CUCGGGAAUGUGUCCGUCUUGAUGACCUCAAUCGUCUUGAUUUGCGUUGCCGAGCUCGGGGACUACUAGAGCACGUUCCCCCUUGCCCUGAGUUGACUGACUGCAAUCGCGAUAUCCCGGAGAGAUCGACUGACCGGAUGCACACGUCACAUCUGAGACCCAAUCUCACGAACGCAGGCCGAGACCACCGACGCCGACGAGCACUCAUCGACGCCGAGGACGACGUACACAGUGCCCAAGCAUCCCAGCAAACGUCCAGCGCACACCACAAGCACACCUCGAGAAGGUCUUGGAAGUAUCGGCAGUCGCCCACGCCAGUGACAAAUUACGCCACCAUCGUUCCUGAUCACACUGUUCCUCCCGAACUGUCAAAAUGAAAAAGCUGUUGGCGCCCCUCUCCACCCACCACCAUCCUACCCCCAUGCAUACCCAUCUGUGAGCGCUAUCCCCCCUCCCUAUCCCCCUGGCAGCACGCGCCAUGAACAUGCAGCCCGGCUACGUCUGCUCGGACGACGAAUGGGAGCGAUAUCAGAACAAUGAUACCACCAUCUACUGCCUCUCGCGCGGGGAGAGCAUCGGGCUUAUGAUCACAGCUGAAUGCGGCCUGCUGUCUCUCCUCGCAGUAGGCUACGUCUUCGCCGUUAUCUUCCGUAACUUCGCUCGCCACGUCCACUACACCUGCGGAACCCCUGCCCAAUGGCGCAUCGUCUCGCAAGCCAUGGACGUUUUCAUGCUCAAUCUCUUCUUCUCCGACCUCGUCCAAGCGCUCGGCGCCGUCAUGGACAUCCGCUGGAUCCAUAAUGGUGUCGUCAAGACGGGUGGCUUCUGCACCGCGCAGGGAGUGAUCCAGCAGCUCGGCGAAGCCAGCGUGGCGAUGACGACGCUUGCGAUCACUCUCGCUACCUUCAUCGGCGUGUGGUGCGGCAAGCUCGCCUCGCCGCGCGUCGCGACCGGCGUCGUCGCCUGCAUCUGGAUCUACAACAUCAUCAUGACCUCGGUUGGAAGCGGACUCUACGAUGAUGGGAGCGAUCCCUACGUCGUUCCUACUCCCUACUGGUGCUGGAUUGGUGACAAGUACUUCGGAUUCCGGCUCGCUGGCGAGUAUAUCUGGUUCUGGAUUACUCUCUGCGCCUCCAUCCUCCUUUACAUCCCACUCUACUUUUGGAGCCGCGGCAAUAUCAGUAUCGACGCCACCCGUUGGUGGCGCUUCAGCGUCCAUGCCGUCAAGAACGACCCGCAAGCCGACCCGACCGGACGCCGGAAGCAGGCCCUCAUCAUGAUAGCCUACCCCCUUGUUUACUCCAUCUCCGUUCUCCCCCUCAGCGUCGUGCGCUGGAUUGGUUUCCUCGACACCGGGCCCGAGCCAGCGGCGCUCACCAUGACCGUCAUCUCCAUCUACGGCCUCUCCGGCUUCGCCAACGUCCUCCUCCUGCGCCUCACCCGCCCGAACUCCGUGCUCUUCGGCCGCAGCAGCAUGACAAAGACAGCACACCAAGCACACGGCGUCACGCUCGAUAUGCGCCGGCGCCCGCGAGAAAGCGGGGAGCAGUACCGGAGCGCGACGAAGCGGCCCGGGGAUGACCUUGGCCUGGGGCGGCUGGCGACGAGAGAAGGAGACGAUAACCGGUCAACGGGCGAUUUCUCGAACUUUGAGAGCGAGGGGCGGUUCAGUACGUAUACGGAGGAGACUUAGGUUUGGCAGUGAAGACCUCGGCGGUUCGUGGAAUCUGGAUGGAGGUACUUACGUUCCUUGGGUCUGUGGAGGACAGCUUCCUGAUAUCGGUAUCGCUACUAAUCGCCAUAGUACCCACGCAGUCGGCCUACGUCGACUGCUGUCUAUCUUCGCCCAUCUUCUAUCAUCUUCACCUCUGCUUCUCCCAUCUUCGCUGUGGCAUCUAAUUGCUCCACUGCCACAUUCUAGCUACUUACUCCUUCGCUUUCACCUGUUUACUAUUCGCUCUUGACGACCGUCCUGCUUUCCACGGACAUCCCGCUCCUUACUAACAACAGUAACGUUCCCAAUGUAUUAGUAGUGACUGUAGCCUCAUCGUUGCCUUCUCGGCCUACGUAUAUAAUGCUACUGCUUUAGAUGUC